CCCAGUGGUUGAAGUGAGGAAAAGAUGGCACCUCAGAAGCCGCUGUCAGCCACUCCGCCCGGCCUGUCGUCCUGCGGACAGCGGCGUGCCCGUCCCUGAAAUGGCCUCAACCGAACCACCAGCCGUUUGACAAGACCCCGGAGAACAAUUUGUUAUUUUUUAAAAGACAGACCUGAAAACUGUGGGCAUCCGUGUAGCAUUCUCCACACCCUGUCGCCUUUUCCACCCUCAACAUCUGCACAUCCAGCCGGCUGCAGGCUCCGCUUGAAGCAUCGCUGUUUUUAUUGAAACAUUCAGAGCUCUGCUGUUGGAUCUGGAUUUGUUUGUUUGUUUGUUUUUACAAUAAGUCUACUCAAGGACAAAACCGUGUGCAGACAGACAACAUUAUUCAUCCCACUCAAACGGGCAGGAGAGGAACAUGAGUGAGCAGAGUAUCUGCCAGGCGAGGGCCUCGGUCAUGGUCUACGAUGACACCAGUAAGAAGUGGGUGCCCAUCAAGCCUGGACAGCAGGGAUUCAGCCGGAUCAACAUCUACCACAACACUGCCAACAACACCUUCAGAGUGGUGGGCGUCAAACUGCAGGACCAGCAGGUGGUUAUCAACUACUCCAUAGUGAAGGGCCUCAAGUACAACCAGGCCACCCCAACCUUCCACCAAUGGCGAGAUGCCAGGCAGGUCUAUGGCCUCAACUUUGCCAGCAAGGAGGAGGCCACCACCUUCUCCAACGCCAUGCUUUUUGCCCUCAACGUCCUCAGCGCUCAGGAUGGUGGUCCAGCUGUCCAGCGCCAAGUCCAGAACGGACCGACUUCAGAUGAGAUAGAAGCUCAGAGAGCGAGGCAGAUGAUGGAGCAGCAGCAGCAGCAGAUGCAGGCACACAUGGAGCGGGAGCGACGGUCGUCCAACUCAGGUUCUCCUUUCCAAGGCCACCCUGCUGUGCUCUCCGUGGCCCCCCCAGUAGUACCACCUCCAAUGAACAUGGGCGGUCCUCCUCCCCCUCCCCCACCACCAGGACCUCCACCACCUUCAGCAGGGGCACCCCAGCCUCCCCUCCCACCUCCACUUCCCCUGGGUGGAGGGAGUCACGGGGAUGAGCCCCCCGUCCAGACGGGUCUCGCCGCUAUGAUCGCAGGAGCCAAACUGCGGCGCGUUCAAAGACCGGAGGACAGUUCUUCAAGCGCCAAAAACGAUGCCAACCGAACAAGUGGUGGAAGUGGAGGACUGAUGGAGGAGAUGAACGCUCUGUUGGCACGAAGAAGGAAAGCAGCUUCAGAGAAGCCUGAGGACAGCCAAAAUGAUGACCCAAAUUCUCCAUCACCCAGCACCCGGAGUGGGCAGAAUGCCACAGAUGGUGCAAAGAAGCCGUGGGACAGAGCUAACUCUGCAGACAGGUCAAUUAUUUCAAGGGCACGGCCUGCAGGGGGUGGCAGUGACACAGACUCGUUAGACGUUGACAGAAUGAAACAGGAAAUCUUGGAUGAGGUGUUUCGUGAAUUGCACAAAGUGAAGGACGAAAUAAUUGAUGCCAUUAGACAUGAACUCAGUCGAAUUAGCACGACAUAAUCUUUCAGAGCCACCCUCCCACAUGAACCACCUUUUGGAAACAUUGCCCCUGCAGCAGCUGCUGUGGCCCUGAGGAGGAGGAAGAGGAGGAGGAGGAAAAGAAGUCAGGACCGGAGGCCCAAACUGUGACAUCUACACAUCCUGUUCAGCUGUGGUGUUGAAGCAAUGCAGCAACGUUGCUGUAACACCUCAGACUUGUGUGUAACAUUCGGUUUGUUUGUUUGGAGAGAUGGACAUGAAUAGGGCACACUCUCGCACUGAUUACUCUGAUUUCUUAACAUUUUCUGUCUGUUUGUCAGCCCAGUCUGCCCCUCUGUCCUCGGCCUAAAGGAAAACGGAUAAAACUCUUGUGAUUUCAUUUGUUUCACUUUUUUUCAAGUUUGUUUUAAAUGUUUUUGUUAUUAUUACUAUCAUUUUCAUUAUUAUUACUAUCAUUUUUACGAUUGUCAGUGUAAUGUUUAUGAGUAGUAGUAGUGUAGUGAAUGCAAUGGUAAUAAUGAGGAAAUGAUAAUGAGCAUAUGAUAGUAAUGAUAAUGUUAAUGUUGUUAUUGCACAUCAUUUUAUGUCAGCCUUUUGUAUUUUAUAUUUGUCGUUUUCAUUUGUUUUUGUUUUAGAUACAGUUGCAAGCACAUCCUCUUUUUUCUUCAUCUAACAUAGAUCAUUUUUUAAUUUUUUUUUUAUCCUUUUCACCAAAACAGCUAUGCGAUGAACUAUGGCAGAAAAAAAAACAAAAAAAAAACAGGCUCUGACCUGAAACCGAAGGUGGAAUUAACUUCUUUGGAUAUUGCAAACUUAUAAACAAACAAAAAAAUAAAUAAUACACCAGAGUAUUUGUGAUCAUGUUGUUAAUAAAAUGUUUAUUGGCUGCAA